AUGGCAAGAGGAUUUUGGAAUAUCAUGGGAGAAAUCGUAAAAUUAACAUAGGACUAUGUUGGCCAGAAGAAGGCAGAGUACCUAUACAAAGUUAUUAUUCUUGUGAGCUGCUUGAUUGGGUUUGCUAUUUCUUGCAUAACAAAGCAAUUUAUGUACACAGGAUAUGCAGCAAUGAUUUCCACAAUUGUAUCUGGUCAUGCACAGGCCGCAACCAGACACCCCCACCCCCCUAAAAGUGGUACCCCACCCCCCUUUUAAUGGCACCCCCCACCCCCACCCCCCUUUAAUAUAGCAUAGAUAUAUGACAAAUGCUAAUUUAGAGCAGGCGUAAUAAAUAAAUUAUUAUUUUAAAUAUUCAAAAUUACUGAUUUAUACAAUAUCCACAUAGGAGCACAAUCGAUUAAGGAGUAGGUGGAAUGGGGUGAGAAUUUCCUAUAACUACUAAGACACCAUAUCUGAAGAAAUUUGUUAUAUAAUAAUGAUCUUUGGUAUUAAUUAAAGUAUAUCCUGCAUAUAUUUAUGAACUUUGUGGGAAAAUGGCUAAAGAGUCGAAUUAGAGAUCCAGAAGUAAAACUGACAAUAGCAAAUACUAUUUUUAUUACCCACUGUUGAAUUCUGUUACCUAUUCAGUCCUGCAAUCCUUGUACAAUGGGCAUCAUAUUAGCUUUAAUUUAUGAAUCAAUAAAUUUAAUGCAAGUUAUUGUAUUGUGUUUAAUUUAAUAAUUAAUGCCAUUAUCUAUAUCUUUGGCAUUAUAUUUAUAAAUAUAACAAACAAAUUUAAUAUAUUUUCUAAUUAAUUUAAAUUUAUUAAUUAAUCAUAAAUAUUAAAGUACUUUAUGGACUUAAUUUAUGAUAUAGUGUUUUAAUUUGGAUUAUAUUUAAAUUAUUCCGCUUGUUUCCUAUCAAUUACUUCUAUAUGAUAAACACUUUAUUUUUUUAGGGGGGGUGGGGGUGCCAUCUGUGAAAGGGGGGUGGGGGGUACCAUUUUUAGGGUGGUGGGGGUGCGGGGGUUCCCUUAUUAGGGGGGAUGGGGGUGUCUGGUUGCGACCUAUGCUUGACCAUGUAUCUCUUAUCUUGGUAGUCCCACCAUGGCCUUGGUAUAAGAAAAACCCUUUGACCUGGUCGAGCAAGCCGAAGAAAUCUUAA